CGGGGACGCGGUCGGCACCGGCACGACAGUCAGAACAGCGACGCCGCCCGCAUCGGCCGCGCGUCCUGCCGCCGCGACCGACGCACUAUAAAAUCGAUGCACGAUCCGCAACCGGCAUUCUACGCCAACCUAAUUCAUACACCGUAAAUUUCAUGCUCGCGGAGAGGUCGCUUCGACGUGCAAAUUAAAUUAGUCCGAACGUUGUUGAAGUGCAGUGAAGUGAUAGUGAUGCGAGUAUGUUAGUGGGUGGCCAUGUCAAGUGUUGCGAAGAAAGACAAGCCGACGAUGUCGGUGACGGCGCUGAUGAACAACUGGGUGCGGCCGGCGCCGCCGCAGCAGCAGCCGCAGCCGGCGGCGCCCGCGCCCCUCUCAAUGCUGCAGCCGCUGCAGAUGCCGUCGCCCUCGAUGCAGAACACUCACCACAUCCCGACGGUGGACUGCUCGCUCGACAUGCAAUGGCUUAACCUCGAGAGUGGGUUCAUGUCGCCCAUGUCUCCCCCGGAGAUGAAGCCCGACACGGCCAUGCUGGACGGGCUGCGGGACGACGCGACCUCGCCCCCUACCUUUAAGAACUACCCCCCCAACCACCCGCUCAGCGGGUCCAAGCACCUGUGCUCGAUAUGCGGCGAUAGGGCGUCGGGGAAACACUAUGGAGUGUACAGUUGCGAAGGAUGCAAAGGCUUCUUCAAGCGGACCGUCCGCAAGGACCUCUCGUACGCGUGCCGCGAGGAGCGCAACUGCAUUAUCGACAAGCGGCAGCGGAACCGGUGCCAGUACUGCCGCUACCAGAAGUGUCUGGCGUGCGGCAUGAAGCGCGAGGCCGUGCAGGAGGAGCGGCAGCGGGCCGCGCGCGGCGCCGAGGACGCGCACCCGAGCAGCUCGGUGCAGGUAAGCGAUGAGCUGUCCAUCGAGCGACUCCUGGAGAUGGAGUCCCUGGUGGCGGACCCCAGCGAGGAGUACCAGUUCCUGCGCGUCGGCUCCGACACCAACGUGCCGCCGCGGUACCGCGUGCCCGUCUCCAGCCUCUGUCAGAUAGGCAACAAGCAGAUAGCGGCGCUGGUGGUGUGGGCGCGCGACAUCCCGCACUUCGGGCAGCUGCUGAUAGAGGAUCAGGUGGCGCUGAUCAAGGCCUCCUGGAACGAGCUGCUGCUCUUCUCCAUCGCCUGGCGGUCCAUGGAGUACCUGGAGGACGAGCGGGAGAACGGGGACGGCACGCGGAGCACCACGCAGCCGCAGCUCAUGUGCCUCAUGCCGGGCAUGACGCUGCACCGCAACUCUGCGCAGCAGGCGGGCGUGGGGCCGAUCUUCGACCGCGUGCUGUCGGAGCUGAGCCUCAAGAUGCGCUCGCUGCGCAUGGACCAGGCCGAGUACGUGGCGCUCAAGGCCAUCGUGCUGCUCAACCCAGAUGUGAAAGGGUUGAAGAGCCGACCAGAUGUUGAAAAUUUACGAGAAAAAAUGUUCUCGUGCCUGGACGAGUACUGCCGGCGCGCGCGCAGCGGCGAGGAGGGCCGGUUCGCGGCGCUGCUGCUGCGGCUGCCGGCGCUGCGCUCCAUCUCGCUCAAGAGCUUCGAGCACCUCUACUUCUUCCACCUCGUCGCCGACACCAGCAUCGCCGCCUACAUCCGCGAGGCGCUGCGACACACGCCGCAGCCCAUCGACGCCAACAUCAUGUAGGCCCCGGUCUGACUAUACUGCAUCCCGCGAGAUAUACGAGAGAGAGGCAUCACGAAUUGUACGUUACGCAGUGAUCCGGCCGAAAUGGGCGAGCGAGGUCGAACACUUAAAACUAGUUGCAUCAGCUACGAGAACUUGUCAUAC